AUGCCCUGCUUCAAGGGCAUCGCGGUGAGCAUCCAUGCCAAUGGAAUGCCGCUGCCGGAGCACGGCGUGCAGAAGCAAUCCCGCGUCUCGCGGAUCAACUCUUACAUCCCCGUCCCGCAGCCCCAGCUCAGCGGCGACUCCAACAAACCCGAACCUGCCAAGUUCGCCAUUUCCAUUACCCUCCUCACCCCGGGCCUAACGAUACCCUACUCGGCGUGCAAGCCGACCCCCGACAACCCGAACCCGAAGCCCCAGCUCGUCGGACCGCUGCCCUCGAGCACCGGGGAGCGCGGCAAGUUCCAUGGCGUCGUCACGCCCUACAUCCCCAUGACCAACAGCGAGAACGAGACCAUCGCUGCCUAUAUCUACUUCGAUGGAAGAGGAAAGGAAGAGGUCGCUACGCUGUUGCGUCCCGGCGAGGAAACUUGGGUUAACAGUCGGUGGGUUCAAGUUCCCGACGCCGAGGGUGGUGGUCUCGCCGAGCGCGAGUUCCUCUUUCGCGAGGUCGGCCUAGAGCGGUGGCUCAAUGGCCUUGACCUCAAGGGCCACGACGCCGCGGAGAAGCUGGAACGCCGGAGACAAAAGUUCGAGAAGCGCAGGAGACGGCAAAAGCAGCAGUCCGAAGAGGGCAUGGGCAUGGACUUUGAGGGCUCCAGCAAGCCGCGGGGCACCCUCCGCUACGGCGCCGACGAGCGCUCCCCCGUCGAGGCCGUCUUUGACGAGGAUUCCAUCUCGUCGUCUGACGACGACGAGCCGCCCGAGGCCACGGGCCAGAUAAAGGUUGCCAUGUUCCGUGUGAUCGCUUCCGGCGAAAUCAAGAAAGGGGAGUAUUCGCCCCAGUUCGAUGCCCAUGACGAUUCCUCCGAGGAUGAAGGCAAGGGAGGUUCGAACGGAAUUGAUGCAGACGUCGAGCACACCACUAGUUUUGCGAAACCGAAGACGCUCGAUCCCAAGACGAUUAGCACUCAGACGGUGACCGGUAUCGACGGGCCAGACAAGCCGUAUGCGGUGUUUACCUUCUUUUACCGCGGCGAGCGCCAGCUUCAAAAAAUGGGCGUCAUGGCGCCCCCGAAGCCGCAAACUACGUCCCCGGCGAUGAAGCGGCGGUCCGGCCAGGUCGACUUUUCGAGUCUCGGCCCCCUCAAAACUAGCGGCACCGUCGGCUUCUCGGCGUUCCGGGAUAGGGACAGUAAGCCGACGAGGAGUAGGAAGUCGCGCAAGAGCAACGGUGCUUCAGAGAACACCGCCAUGGACGCGGAUAGUGACGACGACGACGAUGAUGACGACAGCGCCGAGAUCCUGAGCAAGAUGGAGGACAUUGACAGUAAGGAUGACAAGUCCAAGCUCAGGCCCGACGACGCACAGUUCUCUGGCGAGCUCGCUGACGGCGUGAAUCGCAUUCGGCUCAAGCGAGCCCACUCUGCCGAUCCAGACAGCGCCUCGAGCCCUCGAAAGUCCCCUAGUGCCGGUAUUGCGACGCCGCCCGAAGCAGCCACCCCUGGUGGUCUCGCCCCUCUAGGUGGCGCAGCCGGAAUCUUUGGCAAGAGCCUCACGGACGACAGCAACGUUGUCGGUAGUCCCCUCAAGAAGGCACGGCCUAGCCUGGGUGCUGAUGCGAUUGUUGGUGGAGGCGACUCGACAGGCGGAAGCUUCCCCCCCCGCGCUCGGCGAUAUACUCGCCAAGGCUCAGGCUGCUCAGGCAAGCCAGGAUCAAGAGCGGGUUGCGCCGCCGAUGAAGAUGGAAGAGGAGGAGCUAUAACCUGGGAAGCUUGCGGAAGUUAUCUCUGCGCUGCCUAUCUACACGGGCUUGCCGUUUGUCCAAGGGCGAUUGGGAGGAGUAGGGCGAAGGGCAUUACGGGGAGCAUGAUAUGGGAGGAAAAACAACAACAAGCGACUUGGCUUCAGCCCAAAAUCGAGAUACCGAGCCGGCCUUCACGACCUGCCACACUCGCCGCCCAAGAUUCUCAGGAGGCUGCGCGCAAAUCACGGCGGGCCAGGCCAGGGGAGGGCUGCCUGUUUACCCCGCGAUCCCGCGAUCCCCUAUUUUUGGGAUUGCGACGGGACCAGUCGAUGCUCACGUUUGAGAGUUCCCAGUCGCUCGGCGUCGCCGGUAUCCUCGAAAAGCUCACGAAUCUCACCUUCCAGAAGGUCGAACGCUAUCAGUAUGGUACGCCCGAUGCGCAGCCUACCGCGAACGGCGGCAUCAUUAUUCUUGUGACCGGACAACUUAAGGUCGACGACGGGGACCACCCUCUUCCCUACUCACAAGCCUUCCAGCUCUGCCAGGAUGCUGCCGGUCAGUGGUUCGUUUACAACGACGUCUUCAAGUUGGUGCUUGGUUAA